ACACACCAGUCCUGUCGUAGUGGCAGCAGCCGACACAAGCGUGUCCGGUCUCUCCUCGUAGCUCCAGUUUCUGCUGCAUAUAAACUAGCCAUUUAUCAUCAGUCAUGGCCGCCGGAGUACAAAUUUAACUCCCGUCUUUCCUCCCUGUGGUUCGGAGGGGAGGCUUUUUUCUUUCUUUUUGUUGGUGUUUGUUUCAGGAAGCAAGAGGGGGGAAAACAUAGAAAUAUUAGUGCCACACACUGAUUUGGAUAUCCUCUCGGAAUUACAAUACAUCUCACAAGGGAAAUACCAUUCAUGUCAAUACUUCAACAUGCAGCCGCCGCCGAGGAAGGUCAAAGUGACACAGGAGCUGAAAAACACUCACACAGAGCAGAUGACAAGACUGCACUUUAAACACCAGACCGAAUGUGACCUGCUUGAGGACAUGAGGAGCUAUAGUCUGAAGAAAGGACAACUGGAGCGGGACUAUGCACAGGCUCUGCAGAAGUUAGCGAGUCAGUACCUAAAGAGAGACUGGCCUGGAAUCAACCCUGAUGACCAGAGAACAGACUAUAGGAAUGUGUAUGCAGUGUGGAGGUCCUAUUUAGAAGGUACAGUCCAGGUGAGCCAGUCCAGGCUCAAUGUAUGCGACAAUUACAAGAGUCAAGUAUCAGAGCCCGCUAAGACUGUUAGACUGUACAAGGAGCAGCAGCUUAAAAAGACAAUAGAUCAGCUGAGCGGCAUUCAAGCAGAGCUGCAGGAGUCAGUGAAGGAGUUGGCCAAAGCUAAGAAAAAAUACUACGACUGCGAGCAGGUUGCCCACGCUAUACGAGAGAAGGCCGACAUCGAGGCGAAGUCUAAACUGGGUCUUUUUCAGUCAAGAAUUAGUUUACAGAAAGCAAGUGUGAAGUUGAAAGCAAAAAGAAGUGACUGUAACUCAAAGGCGACACAGGCCAGGAAUGACUACUUGCUAACGCUAGCUGCUGCCAAUGCUCACCACGAUCGCUACUACCAUACAGAUCUGCUGCACUGCAUACAGGCCUUGGACGGCAGAAUCUAUGAGCACGUCAAAGACUACCUGGUGGCACUUUGUCGCACUGAGCUUGAGGCCUCCCAGGCUACACACAACACGUAUCAGUUCCUUUUGGACAAAUCCACCAGGAUAAUGCAGGAGUACAACCAGCAGUUGUUCAUGCAAGAGAAUCCGGUGUUUCACAAAGCGCACGACUUCCAGUUCCAGCCCAGUGAAUGUGACACGACUCUGAGCUCGGUGCAGCAGUUGGUGGACAUUGAACCGUCGCCGGUCAGUGCCAUGAGAAUGACCCUGGCACAGAGUCGUCAGCUGGAGUCGGAGUCGGGGACGACAGAGGAGCACAGUCUGAACAAGGAGGCCAGGAAAUGGGCAACCAGGGUGGCCAGAGAGCACAAGAAUAUCAUUCACUACAAGCGAUCUCUGGAGGAGUGUGAGAGCCACGGCUUGCCUCCCACAGAGCAGGGAAGAUUAGAUCUGGAGAUGAAGAUCGAAGACACCAAAGAAAACAUGCGCAAAGCCGAGACAAUAAAGUUGAAAGCUGAAGCUCGGCUGGACCUUCUACGCCAAGUUGGGGUUGCCGUGGAUACCUGGCUAAAGAGCGCCAUGAACCAGGUGAUGGAGGAGCUGGAGAAUGAACGUUGGGCCAGCUACACUUCCCACGACCCCUCACUGUCGGCCUCCCAACCAGAUGAGUUAACUAUCGAUGAACAGGAGAUGUUGGAGGUCAUUGAGGACGGAGACAUGGAGGACUGGGUUAAGGCACGCAAUAAGGCAGGUCAGGUGGGCUAUGUCCCAGAGAAAUACCUGCAGUUCCCGACCUCCAACAGUCUGCUGAGCAUGCUCCAGUCUCUGGCUACGCUCGAUGCUCGGUCACACACUUCGUCUAACUCAACAGAGCCAGAGCUGCACUCGGGCUGCAUAAACGGAGACACAAAUAUGGUGUAUGUGCGUGCACUUUAUGAUUACGAGGGUCAGGCGGAUGAGGAACUCUCCUUUUCCGAGGGAGCUGUGAUCCGCUUGUUGAGCCGUGACACUCAGACAGAUGACGGCUUCUGGGAGGGGGAGCUGAACGGGCGGGUGGGCGUUUUCCCCUCCGUGUUGGUAGAAGAUCUCACAGAGAAUGGAGAGACCAGCGCGGGAGGGGCAGGUGACACACAGAUCUCUCCUUCUUUGAAACUGCCAUCUUCUCUGCCACCUCUUCCGCUGUACGACCAGCCUCCCAUCAGUCCCUUCACCAGCCCCGAGACUUCCACCCCACCUCCUCUGCCACGUUCCCCUUCCGCUGCUCUUAAUGGGGAGCACAAGCUUCCUCUGCCUGCCUCGUCACACAAAGGACCGCUGUCAGCUCACAAUCAAAGCUCUGGCAGGAGUCCAGUAUCUCCAGGAUUUGCUAAGACUCAGCCGCCAAGAUUCACUCCUGAAGGAGGCCCGGGCAAACUACGACCUGUGCGAGCCGCUCCUCCUCCACCCAAGCAGCACCCCCGCCGACAGCAGGAGAAGAGCGACAAGACGGAGGAGGUGGAGAUCACGCUGGUGUGACAGACAAACAAACUGACAGCCGGUUAUAGGCGCACAAACAGAAAUGAAAACAGAUGAAAGGCAGAUGUAUCCUACAGGCUUGGGAACUGAAGUGAAGUUAAAUAAAGUGAUGUGAAGUAAACUGAACUGAACCACGCUGACCCCUCCCCCCCGCCCCAAUCUCCUGAACUCCUGGCAGCUCCGUAUCUUCUCCCUUUGAGCUGAGGAUGAGGAGAGCAGAGAGAGGGGACAAAGGCAGACUAUCCGAUGUAAUAAUCUCCGUAUUAGCUUCCUAAUGAAGUGCAGCAGUAGCCCACACACCCCCGAUCCCUUCACCCUACCCCGUCCUUUCAUUCUUGCCUUAAAACCUCACCUCAUUGGGCAGCAAAUCACACCACGGUGAAGCAGAGGAAGAAUGUCAGGAGAUGAGGAGGAUGGGAAAAAGCUAUUUGUGACAGAUGACGGAUUUGGCAAGUUUUCUGUUGUCAAGCUUUCCAUAAGACCAUUCAUCUUUCUGCAGGAGCAGAUCAGAGUCAAUAUUUAGAUUUUUUCUCUUCCCAAUAAAUAAUCAUGAAGCACGAGAAAAGUUUUGAAGCCCCAAGAACUGACAAAAUGUAGUAAAAGGUUAUCAGACAAACCAAACAUAUAACUCAAUACACUAUAACUAUAAAAUUAGGGUGGGAUGGAGGCAGAUGAUUGAUUGUGGUGACCCCUAAAGGCAGAAGCUGACUUAAAUGGCAGCCCACAUGAACAGCUGAUGGCUUAGUAUGGAUCUUGUUGGCAGAUAUCAUACUGGAUGCAAUAUUUACGUUGCUUUAGCCUCUUUACAGUUAUCACACAUCUGCAAGCCACUUUGCAACCCAGCUCAUGCUUUUCAUGCUGUGUGUGUGAUUUGAUCAAUGGUCAGUGUUGCUUGCAGCGUCAUGUACAGGUGUUGCUUCGGCCCAAAGAAGAGAGCCCAAUCUAAUUCAGUGCAGAUGGAAAUAAACAAUCUGCUUUUUGCUACUGUAUUCCCGGGGGCAUUAGUUUUGCUUUAGUUUUUGUUUUUAAAAAAGUCUGAUUCUUAUCUGAUACCUUUUCCUUACCUUUUGUGAGUGUUGUGGGCCCAUCCAAAGAAAGCUGGCUGAAAUGUAAGUAAAAACAUGCCAGGUCUGUCACGUUUUUGGAGAGCAGUGGAGAACGAAGUGAACGACCAGGGAAAUUGAGCGGUGUGCGUGGACGCAGUGUCCCUCUCCUUAGGCCUUCCCUCGUCAUAUAUAGUCAUUAUCAUCAUACGUAUUUAAUGUGUAAUAGUACAGUACAUUACUGUCGUCAUAGGAAUGUUAUGCUCAGCAUUUCAUAUAAACUAACUCAGCUGAAUGGAAUACCAUGUCUGAUAUGUAGUGGAAGUUUUAUCUUCAUCUUAUACUGAAAGGGCAUUGUAAAUACAGCAGGAAGGAGAGCUCAAAGGAGGGAGAGGAUGAAAGAAAACGAGAGAUAAAGGAGGCUGGAUCCUUCCCUCUGCUCUUAGCAUCGCCUCUCUUCCCGUCCCUCCUUUACGUCUCUCCCUCUUUCCUCUAAAGACGAUUCUGUCCAUUGGCAGUCAGUGUGAAUCAGUGACUAUCAUAUACAUACAUACACACAUGCAGAUACAUUAUACGACAGAUACAGUCUCUCAUUCUGUGCGCCGUAUGUCUGUAUCACUGAUUGGUUCAGAGAUGCGCUGCUGGUGCUUUUAAAGGCACUCAAAUUGUUGGUAUUCACUAUGUGGCAACAAAGAAAAGUUUUAUUUCAGAUGAUGUAGACACAGGAAAGUAUUUGUGGCCGGGACUUCUUAUUAGCACAGAACUGUAUAGUUUUCAUCCCUCUCAUGCCGAUUUGUUCACUGUUCAGUUCAACUAAGACGCACGUUUACUUGACGCUCAUUACAUUUGCAGGUAUAAUUUUUCUCUCGUCUUGCCAAGCAAAGCCACCACAUCUUGUGUCCUAAUGCUAGAAACAGAAAACAGAAAGAGGUGUGUAAAGAAAAAAAAUCAAACUAAAUGGACAGAACUAGCAAAUGACAUUCAAAUGGAGCUAAGUACAAAUCUUUUGUGUGUGUUUUUUUUUACUCAAAGUAAAUAAAUGCCCCCAUUUCCCUUUACAUGGCCAUAAAGCCUUUGAAACUCCUUGCCUGAAGGGCAGCGUAGCACUUUUAUUAAUUUCUACCUUACUUGGAAAGUAGCAGUACCCUCAUAUAGCAUCGGCACGGGUGGCAAAGACUCUGAUGAAUCCUUGUUGUUAAAAUGAUUCAGAGUUGUUCUUUUUAAGCUGAUCCUAUGGACUUUUUUUGUUUCAGUGUGACUGAUGCUUAAAAAACAAAACAAACACAAAUAAAGAUCUCCACUCUUCCAGCUCUUCCAAAGAGGUGGAGAGACGACUGUGAACAGUGAAAUUCGCUGUUCUCCUUUAUUUCUAAGAACAAAACAAACAAAAAUUACAGAAAGCGAUGCGUUUGAAUGAAUCAUUUUCUUUUUUUGGUCUCGAAAUAGGCCUGGGUGUUUAUGAGUGUGAUUGUUUAUAAGAGAGAGAGGAGGAAUUUUAAUCUAAUCUGUGUUUGACUCUUAAGAUAUGUCCCAGUUCCUCACUGCAAAUGAACAAGUUUGGAGAGCGUUUGCACGGAAUAAAUUGCAAAGUAGAGUAUUGUCCAAAUUGUCAGCAGGAGAUAAAACUGAACAUUCAGGCAGUAAUCCUCUUUCUUUGUCUCAGAUAACAUCCCUACUGCAAAACAAAAACAAAAGAAGAACUGUGGAUAAUGGAGAUUAAUAUUAAAUUUAAAACUCUUAGCAUUACUAUGUAGUGUUGCACUGGAGCACAUCUUCAGGUCUCCUGUAAGAAAAGUCUUAAUCUGGAAGCAAAUCGAUUGUUUUCCCCGGUGGAGGUGAUUUCUAAAAGGAGAAGUAAGAAGUGAAACCACAACAUUUUGUGUAGCAUUCAUCCUAGCAAACUUCAGCAUGCUGGAAUUAGUUGCAUUUUUAGAUACGACCCUCUGCUCUUCUGCUGUUGUACGGACUAGCAUUGACUUGUGACAGUGUGGUCAAGGCGACUUGGAACAGCAGCCUGUCCUUGAUCUCUCUGAGAUCUGAUUUUUACUGGUUUUCGAACUUGUUUUGAAGUUUAUGGUUUUUCAGCAUCCGCAGACAUUCCCGUUAUACUUCCUCAGUCAGUCUGUCAUAUAUAAAAUUGACAUUUCAUUGCCAGUUGCCACUUUGAAGACGGAUCGUUUCCCAUCUUUAACAGUCUCUUUGGUCCGCGACAGUGUUUAAUUAUUUGGUAUGGUUUUUAUGUUUUAAAUGACACUUUAUUUUUCCUUAUGUGGAUUCAGAGUAGCACAGCUGCCGUUAUUAUUAACGAUGUGGUGGAACAACUGGCCUCUCUCUUUAAUAGACUGUUGCCAUGGUGACAAUAUUGAGAACAGGUGCAAAAGUCUUUCUGCAUAUUAUUAUUGGAUGUACAAAAAACGACAACAAAAAAACAAAGUUUGUAUUUAUUGUGUACAAAUGUUAAUUAAUAAAAAAU